AUGCUAGACCGACACCUGCGGCUUUCUGGCAGCGAAGAUCUAAGUCGAACGUUGCUUGGAGAGGCGAAGUACCACGAGCCAGACAAGCGGUGUGCCUUUGGACUUUCGGAGUCGAGUGCCAAGUCGCAGUUCGUAGACUGGGGAGACCUAAAAUGGGCUCCAGAGGGCUACAUGGCGCUGAAGGCGGCGGUGGCCAAGAUGUUCGAGUCGGAGGUUGCAAGUCUUUGCAGUGCAGAGCAAGGGAGUCGUGACUUGCUAGGUGUGAAGCUCCGGCUUGGAUGGGAGAAAUGGGGCCGAAGUGGGCUGAGGCACUGCGUGUAUCCAGCAGAAGGUACAUGCUCUUCACAUACAGACUACGGCGUCGUGACCCUGCAGUUUUCCAACGGUCCCGGUCUGGAGGUGUUUGCGCAUGGCUCGUGGCAGGUGUUGGAGGAACCUCCGGAAGGAGGAGCUCUUCUUUUCGCCGGAGACAUGUUGGAGCGCAUGACAAAUGGACAGAUCAAGGCGCUGCCCCAUCGAGUGCACGUGCAGACGGACUCCUUGGAAGCACAGUCUGACCCUGGCAAAAGAGGCGUGCGCCAGUCCCACAUUCUUUUCUUGCAGCCGGAUUCUGACACAUGGGUGGCACCGCUCAGACCGUAUUUGCUGAACAACGGCAAUGAUCUUGAUCCAAUUCGGUACGGCGACUGGCAUCAGAUGAAAGUUAACCUGGCCUUUGAUGGGCUGCUUGGAAGGGAAGAGAGUGACAUUGUUGCGCAGCGGGUGCGGCUUGUCUGUUCUUUCACCCAAGGUGGUGACGGUGACUCGACCUCUGGCCAAGAAGAUCGUGUGAGGUUGCAAAACAGAAGUUUGGUGUGCUUCAUUCAACUGUCACUGCCACUCGAUGGUAGGAAUGGGCCCUAA